GGUUUUGAUCGUCUCUCUCUCAUCCCCUAUUUCGAGUGAACUGCAUCGGCCCGCUUAGCCGCAAAGGAAUCCGAAGGCGUUCGUUGCUGCGCCUGCAACCAUGGCUAGGGGAUUGAAGAAACACUUGAAGAGGCUUAAUGCCCCAAAGCACUGGAUGCUUGACAAGCUUGGCGGUGCUUUUGCCCCCAAGCCGUCUUCUGGGCCACACAAGUCUAGGGAGUGCCUUCCCCUUAUCCUUAUCAUCCGUAACAGGUUGAAGUAUGCUCUGACAUAUCGUGAGGUGAUUGCCAUCUUGAUGCAAAGGCAUGUCCUUGUUGAUGGGAAAGUUAGGACUGACAAGACUUACCCAGCUGGUUUCAUGGAUGUUGUGUCUAUCCCGAAAACGAAUGAGAACUUUCGUCUUCUGUAUGACACCAAGGGGCGUUUCCGUCUCCAUUCCAUCAGGGAUGAGGAGGCAAAGUUCAAGCUCUGCAGGGUCCGCUCUGUUCAGUUUGGUCAGAAGGGCAUCCCUUACCUGAACACAUACGACGGGCGUACCAUCCGUUAUCCCGACCCGCUCAUCAAAGCCAAUGACACCAUCAAGCUCGACCUCGAGACCAACAAGAUCGUCGACUUCAUCAAAUUUGAUGUGGGCAACGUCGUGAUGGUCACCGGGGGGAGAAACAGAGGCAGGGUUGGUGUGAUCAAGAACAGGGAGAAGCAUAAGGGAAGCUUCGACACAAUCCACAUCCAAGAUGCUACAGGCCAUGAGUUUGCCACCAGGAUGGGCAAUGUGUUCACCAUUGGCAAAGGAACAAAGCCUUGGGUGUCUCUCCCUAAGGGCAAAGGUAUCAAGUUAAGCAUCAUUGAGGAAGCCAGGAAGAGGCUUGCUGCCCAACAAGCUGCUUGAUUCACUUUGGUUUUUUCAUUUAAAAGUUUUUUUGUUCCUCCUAGAAUGAAUUUGCUUAUCUCCUAUUUGAUUUUGGGAUCAUGGGCUCAAUUUUGAACUUCCUGUUAUUCGGUUUAUUUGGUUAAAACUUUGGGUUUCUGCCAAUCAACCUCCAAAAUUAUCAGUACUU